AUGGUGGAAAUGUUUUACUGUGUCUUGCCAGACGUCGGUGUCGGAGCGCUGAAGCAAUCCGCUAAGGCAUCAGAAGGGCCAGCAAAAUCCACCGAGAUCCACCAACAAGACUUCUACAACUCCAUUGUAACACAAUGCUUUGCAGCGUGUACAUGCGUAGAUGUCUACGCGUGCCCCCCACCCAACGUAACGCUGGAGCUCCAGUCCCUAGGUUUUCCUGCACAGCAAACGGGAGGAGACAUCCGCUUUGUGCCAGAAUUCUGUGGCUCAAGAGACAAGGAAUGGGUGGCUGCUGAAAUGAGGCGAAUUUUCACCUCUUGCUUCUACUUCGACGUUGAGUUUAAACUGCGUCUCUCAAAGGUGGGUCUGUCUCUCGUGUUGCGGCGUUCGCUACAUCCACACAUCGCCUCCUAUCUUGUGGGCUCAGAACAGAUGCAGUAA